AAACGCAAAUUUUGUAGACGAUCCAUGAUGAUGCCUCUUGUCACAAUCAGUGGUGUCUGUCCUAUGUUUUCUUGUAUUUUAAUGACAUAGCUGUUAUAACAUUCAAAGGAUGUAAUAGAUCCUUCUUAAAAAGUAUUGAACGCUCCUUGUAUCUCAAUCGGGAGAUCAUACACAUUACACACUAGACCAUGGUAUACAUAUAAUAUACUAUAUCACACUGUGUAUCAUGUACAUUUGAAACUGAUCUUAAAUCAACACACAGUUGAUUCACUUUAGGAUAUUUUCUUAUGCUAGCAUUUGUGCUAUAAAUUGGACAGCCUGUAACAUCACAGUAAUUGCAACAUCAUGGCAAUUUGCAAGUUCAAUCAGCUUAGGUGUUUGCUCGUAACGUCACUGAUCGUUGGAUGUUUCGUGAAGCUAUGGAAAGGAACUUUAUUCAACUUCAAUGUAUACGCCUUGGCUCUACGAGAUACAUUUAAUUAUACCCAGACUGACGUGAACACGAUAUCCAUUCUAACAAAUAUGGGUAUUUCUUUUGGCUUCCCAGCUGGAAUUCUUCAUGAUAAGUACGGGCCAAGAUGGACGAGUUUUGUUGGGUUGGUCGUGACAUUUGCAGCAUAUAUUUUGAUAUGGAGUACUAGCAAGAGUGUGGAGUUUUAUAGCAAUAAUGCAUGGUUAAUGAAACUUUAUUUCUUUUUCAUCGGUCAAGGGACAACGUUUGCAUAUAUGACAGCCUUUGUGACAAACUUGUGCAACUUCGACAGUAAAUACCGCGGUAAGAUCGUCGGGCUUCUGGAUACAUUCUCUGGGGGUAGUCCUUCCUUGUUUGCACUUAUCUACGCUACCUGUUUCGUGAAUGGCCAUGUCACAGAUGACGGAAAUCAGAAUUGGCCCGGAUAUAUUGAGAUCUUAAUUGUUGGAACAACUGUUACAAAUUUUGCAGCUUUUUUACUACUGCGUGUGAGGCCUGGUGAGCCUGACACUGAUAGCGAAGCAGAUGUUGAGCUGGAAGCAGCAACUGAUAAAUCACAUGGAGAAGAUACUGAACUUGUAAAAGCUGACGAACUUGCAAAUCGCUACGAUGGGACAGAUGCACAACCAGCUGAUGAUAGCCAUGCUGAAGCAAUCGAACCAACCACAAAUACGACUUGGUACCAUAAACUAAAAGAGGAAUGGAACGACUUCAAGGGAACCCUUUUCGACAAGAGAUAUUUGUUCCUAUUGUUUAUAAAGUCGUUUGUCACUCCCAUAGCAAUUGUUUUCAACACCAACAUUACUGCGCUCCUUAAGGCUGCCGGAUAUGAGGAGUACAGUGCAACAAUGACGAUAUUGUUUCCUUUAGCUGGAAUGGGUUCUCGCGUCAUCAUCUCCUUCGCCGCAGAUUACUUCCCGAGCGUAUCAUCUCGCUCAAAUAUCUUACUAAUCACCAACAUGGGUUUCAUCGUUGCUCAAGGACUGCUCAUAGAUGAAAUUUGUGAAGAACAGUAUCGAGCCUAUACUAGCAAGCCUAUAGCUCGAUCAAAACUAAGAAAAAAUCACAUGAAUGUGUCGAAAAAACUAAAUAAUCAAUUGAGUUGUGAUGAUAAAAGCAGCUAA